AUCUCCUGCAGCAUGGGCGAGCAAAGACACCCCGUCAAUAUUCAGCUUGUUGGAGUGAUGCAGAAAGAAGUAGCUAAAUUGUACAUGACCACUGUACUCUGGUCAGAUCAAAAUGAGAUUACGGUGUACAGAUCGCUUGAAGACUUCAAGACGCUGCAUAGACAACUCAAGAAGAAAUUCCCUCCUUCAAAACCCAUUAGAAGGUCAGAAAGGAUUGUUCCCAAAUUUAAAGCUGCAAGAGUGCAGAAGAACAUGCAGAAGUGGAGCCCCAAUAAGUCAGUGCUCAGACUGAAGGCUCUGGAAGAAUACUGCAGUGAACUGCUGAAGAGCGAUCCCCGUUUCUGCCAGAGCUCAGAGCUCAUCCAGUUCCUGCUUCCCAAACCGCAGGACCUCGAUUCUGACUUUGCAAAAAACAGUAUCGUGAUCAUGCCAUCAGAAACCUCUCUGAGCAGCGGUAAUGUUGGAAUGAACGUUACUCAACCCUUUGUUACUGAAACAUACCGAUGCAUAGCUACUUAUGAGACCAAGGACACCAAGAACCGGCCCUUCAAGGUUGAGGUGGAUGAGAUUGUGGAUGUGCUCAUUAAAGACCAAAAAGGAUGGUGGCUGGUGGAAAAUGAAGCCAAACAUCUCGCUUGGUUUCCUGCUCCGUAUCUGCAGAGAGCUGAGAUGGAUGAUGAUGGUCCUGAUGUGAUGGAUGGCGGAAGUGUUUUCUAUGUUGCCGCCAAAAGUUACAAAGCCAUGAACAGUGAUGAACUAUCAGUGGAGAUCGGGUCUGUGGUGGAGGUGUUACAGAAGUCUGACAACGGCUGGUGGAUAGUCAGGCACAAUCGAAAGGCGGGAUUCGUACCAUCUAUGUACCUGCAACCAUACAAUAACCCACGAAUGCACCUGAUGCCUGCUAAGAGGGAGAUAACCAGCUCCACUCUUGACUUGGCACAGCUUCAACGUCCUGGAGAAAAUUUCCCGCAGGUCUCCAGCCGUGAGCUCAGCAGAUCCCAGGGCAACCUGGGACCUCCAGGAAGCACCCUGGACCCUAAAGAUAAGCAGAUGUCACGAUCAAUGAGUAGACUGCCAGAUGCUCAUACAACACGGCUGACUCCACCAUCAGUCCGAGUGGAGUUUGUCGAGAACGGCCAGCAAAGCAGUCUGAGUGACGACAGCGAUGAGUUCAGCGACGACAGCAGUUUCUCCGGUAAAUCGCUAAAUCGCUCGGACACGGAAGAGCAAUUACGCAGGAGUCGCACCCCUACGCUUGACUCCUCUGGCAGCCUGAGACCUGAAAGUGCCGAAGGCGGCAAGAUGAUCGGCAGCAGAUCAGACCCCAGUCUCAACAAGAUGCCCUCCACCCCCAAGAUACCACCCAGACCCCAAGCUCAGGAGAUACUCAAACGCUGCACCACCGUCACAUGCAAAAACCUGCAGAGAACCAGUUAGGCCGAUGUCUCAAGCACUUCAGGUUACAUGUUUGAGGAGAGCAUCCAAGAGUCCAGGUCCAGACAAGCAUUAAUGUCCACUGCCGUAACUCUUGCUUGAUGCUACUGUGAUUAUUAGAUGGACAAAUUAUGGAGAGAUUCUUAC